AUGGGUUGUUGUCUUAGCACCAAUAAUGAACCUUCAAAGCUUCAAAAACAGCAACAGGUUCAAGUAGGAUCUGAUGCUUUGAAGCCAACCAAGUCACCACCUCCUUCACUCUAUCAAGAAGAAACAGUAAAAGAAGUCCUCUCUGAAACCCCCAAACCAAAACCACCACAAAAUCCCAUCAAGAAUCCACAUCAGGAAAAUGAUCUACAGCAUCAAGAAGUCAACAGGAAGGAAAGAAUCCACAUUGACCCAGCAUUUCUUGAUAACAUCAAGAUUCAAGAAAACAAGUUCAAGAAAAUCUCUAAAGAAGAAGUUUGUCGUCAAGAUCAGAUCUUUGAACAAGAUGAAUCGGAAGUUUGCAGCUUGAGCUAUAGUGAGAGCAUUUCAACAACAACAACAAACAACAAUGACAAAAGGGAUUGUUAUGAUGAUGAUGAUAGUGAGGUGAAGCAGAGAGUGUCGAGAUCUCCCUUGCCACCUAGAAACAGGGUUUCAGGUGAAUUGGGUCCGAGAAAAGACAGGGUCGUGGGCAAGUCACCCACCCGGAGAACAACCGAACAGUCACCAAGCAGGAGAAAUGGUGCAGUUAAUGGAGGGUCGGUGAGGUUGGUUCAAAGCAGGGAAAUGAGUUCGGGUCAAGUAGGAAUUAGGAGGGGUUUGAGAGCCGACCCAAAAAGAGAGACCCGGGUGAAGGGUCAGCGAGAAGGUCCAGGUCACCUGCUACUAAUAGAUCUGUAA